GUCGCUAAAGCUUUCGGGUACACCGAAAAAGAACUAUCGUCUAUACCUCCUGAAGCUAAUAUGGGUCUGAGCUGCGGGAACCCUGUAGCCACUGCGAAUAUCAAGGAGGGCGAGUACGUUGUAGAUCUAGGUUCAGGAGGUGGGUUCGACGUUUUUCUAGCUGCGGCGAAGGUGGGACCGACGGGCCAGGUGGUCGGGUUGGACAUGUCCUCUGAAAUGAUCGACCUCGCCCGCCGCAACGCCGCAAAACAGAACCUCAAACCUCCGCACGUGGCGUUUGUGCAAGCGUCCUUGGAUAAAGCGGCGUUUCCCGUUGAACCUGGUUCUAUUGAUUGUAUUUUAUCGAACUGUGUUGUCAAUUUGUUACAACCUGCCGGGAAAGUCAAUCUGUUGAAAGAGGUUUAUCGUGUGCUGAGGCCUGGUGGGCGGAUCGUCCUUGAUGAUAUUCUCGCGCGGGAUACCCUUCCUGAUGAAAUUAAGCAAGAUCUCAAUGCUUAUGUUGCUUGUAUAUCGGGUGCUAUUCAGGUGCAUGAGUAUAAGCAGUUAUUCCUUGAGUCCGGAUUCACAGACGUCCUUUUUGUUGAUACGAAGAGCGACCUCAACGUCUAUUUUCAAUCAGACUCGGAGUCGAAGAGCUGCUGCUCCACCACGCACCCUCCGAAACGACUUGAUUUUAAUGUCAAUAAAUGGGCAGCGUCAUACCAAAUUUAUGCGAUGAAG